UGAAGAGAAACAAAAGAAAGAGGAGCCUGCUCGCUACACCUCACCGCUGCUUUGAUGACAAAACCGCAAGCUCCACUUUUCUGAUACUACUCUCUAUCUCUAUCCGAAUCUCACUUCUCACUCCCAAAAACAAUAAUCACAUGCUUUCAUCAACUAUCUUCUUCCACACACUCGAACCUAGGGUUCCUCCUCUACUCCAACAACACUCUUCUCUACCGUAAACUCAAAGAGUAACUUCAGUCUUUCAUCCAUAUAAAAUACACCCACCUGGAUAGCCUUGAUGCCCAGACAUCAGUAAUUUCUUGUCAUCAGUGCGUGGAGGUUCUACCAUCUGACUCAAAGUAGCUGGUCACGAGCAAUAUCUGACAUUUUUCACAAUUAUCAAUCCAUUUUGAUUUGUUUUGGAGUCCAAUUAGUUUCAAAAUAAUGACCUAUUUUGACUUAGCAGCAUAAACCCCUGGCUUAUUCAAGAACUGGAAAAUGUAUUAACUUUUUCAACAGAUAUACUAGUUUUCCAACAUACAUCAAGAACAGAGGGUUGAAGAAAAUUUGUGCAAUAAACAUUGUAGCUUUGAUCUGUCUUGUGAGUGGCCAAGGAUGUUCUUUGAGUACUGUUUAAUCUUAUAGGUAUUGUAAAGAUGAUGUAUUGGUUCCAUCGUGCAUGCUGAUUUUGCAUGGUUUUGAUGAGAAUAUAGAUCAAUCUGCGUUAAUCAAAGUAAGGCUUAAGGCUCUGGGGAAAUAAAUGAGCGGAAGUGGCAGAAAGCUAUCUUCAAACCGGGUUUCAAGAGAUGAACCUGAAUUUUCACCCGAGAGUGCUACUAAUAGCAAUAGCUCAAGGUAUUUGGAAAGAAAUGAUAUGAUAAAUCCCAGAAUGGGAUUUUCAUGCAAGGAUCCUUUUUCUGGAGGCAGAAGUUCAAGAAAGGAUGAUGUUUGGAACCCAGACUACAAAGUUUUGGAUGCAACAAUUGCACAAGACACUGAUGGAAGUUACGAUAUGAAAGCAUCUCCAGGGUUUGAGGAAUUGAAAAAUAGGAAGCACAGUCAAUCUGUAAAAAAUGAUUACGGCAGGAGAAGCAGGAGCCGAAGUCGGAGCCCUCGACGUGGGUUGAGGUAUUCAGCUGUCGAUGAUGAGAACAGAAUGAGGGUUGGCAGAUUGAUACGACCUUGUAGAGAUUUUGCUGUUGGGAACUGCAGAAGAGGCAGCCAUUGUCAUUUCCUUCACCAUGAUAAGCAAAGUUAUGAGGAUAGUAGGGAAAGUAGAUACAUGCAAGAUGGACCCAGAUAUUGUAAUCACCGUGAGAGUGGGGAUUAUUCUAUUACAAGUCGAAGAUCUAAUGAAGCUUGUAUUCAUUUUGCAAAGGGAAGGUGUAGAGCGGGAGAAUCAUGCAAGUAUGUGCAUCAUGGCAAUUCUGAUGAGUUUGAUAAAGUUUCUGCAGAUGAAUCAUCUAGGGAAAGGGAAAUUGAUAGAAGACACAUAGAUAAUUCAUUCAAGCAGGGUGGUCCGCAUUAUCCAAACCACAGUGGUAAUACUCCUUGCAAAUUUUUUGCUUUUGGAAAUUGUAGGAAUGGUAAAGAUUGUAGGUUUUCUCAUGAUAGACAAGCAUUUACCAGCCAUAUUAGAAGAUUAAGGGAUGAUAGGUCAAGGAGUAAUCAAGGUGAAGAUCAGGUGUUGGAUAGACAAAUAGUGAGCAAUUCAGUUACUCCUAAUGAAAGGCUAAGAGAUGGUAGACGGGGUUCAGAUGGAAGUAUGGCUGAUGUAGAUAAAGUUUUGGAUGGUCCAAAGCUGAAUAAUUUAGUUAAUGUCUCUGAGACUGCAAAGCUGGUUCAGGACAACAAAAAAGGCAUUUUAGGUGCCCCAGAAACUGGAUUCAUGGCUUGGCCAAUGAAUAAUGGAUUGGACCAUAGCUUAGACAGGAACAGAAUGCAUAAUGAAUCACCAUUUACAAUUGAUAAGAAGGAAGCCAACUGCAGGACGGCAGAAAAUGCUGCUAACAACAUUCUCAUUUCCCAGUCAGUAGUAGGUGGAGGCUUUUGGCCCGGUGAUGAAAAAAUGUCUCCUGAUUGGAAUUAUGGGGCAAGAUCUUCCAGUCAUAUUAACGAUGAGCAUGGGCAGAAUAAGCAACAAGGUGCUCCAGGACAAGGACUAAAUCAGAAUGCUCAGAAUUUAACUGCUUCGCAUGUGGUUGGACAGAGUCAAGCAACAGUUUCCAUUGUUCCUCCAAGAUCAAGAAUUAUUGAAGGUUUACAGAACCAGGAGCUCUUCACUAAUGCAAGCCUAUUGCAAAUUGGUUCAGGAAAUACUCCAACUCAGAACGUAGUCAGCAAAGAACAACUUAGCUGCCUCUCAGCCUCUCUUGCACAUUUCCUCGGAACAAAUCAGCAGCUCUCACAACUUCAUUCUACUAUAAAUUCUUGUGAUGCAAACGACACUCUCUUCGGAAGCAAAAUUGAAGGUCAAUCAUCGAAGCAAUAUGAUCCUAUGUGUGAUAUUAUGGAGCCCAAGAAUAUUAAUGCAAGUGGGGUCUCUCCAACCUUUUCUCCUAAUACAAAGAUUCCAAAAGAUACAGCCAGAAUUCCACCACUGUUAUCUAACCCGGGACAAUAUUUUGAUCAGUAUCAUAAAAAGGAGACUAGCAAAAUGGACGCUGAAAAAACGGCAAUAUCUCAAUCUGAAAAUAAAAUUACAGAAGAGAAUAGUCCUUUGGUAAACACGAGCCAAAAUGAUGGACCUGAUGAGGCCAAGAAAUUAAAGGAUGUAAAGGGGAUUCGUGCAUUUAAAACUUCGUUGGUAGAGCUCAUUAAGGAGAUCCUUAAACCAACAUGGAAAGAUGGUAAAGUCUCCAAAGAAGAUUAUAAAUCAAUUGUGAAGAAGGUUACUGAUAAAGUAACUAGUACAGUAAACCGGGUACAUAUACCUCAGACACAAGAGAAAAUUGAACGCUAUUUAUCAGUUUCGAAACCAAAGCUUAACAAACUUGUACAGGUUAGUGGUGGUUCUCUUACAGAUUUCCCUCAUAUGAAUAAAGGAUUCAAAAUCUUGUCUCCCAUUUAACUUGGUUUUAUAGAUAAGUGACUAUGCAUGCAGCUUCAGAAAUCAUUGAAUUUUCUACUAGGUUUGAUUUGGAUGUGGAAAGAGUUGUAGAAUAGUUGUAAAAAAAUGAGAUUAAUGUUGUACCGAGGUGUUCAUCUGGGCUAUAGAUUACAUAAUAUGUAACUAAACUUCAAAUAUACAUUGAUCUCUGGUGGGAUUCACACUAAUUAUUGAGAUUCUUGAUUUUUUAAAAA